CUUCAGCAGCGGCAGUGAAACGCACGCUCGACAGUAAUGCGAUUGAAUUAGGAGUAAUUCUUGGAGAUACCCGAUGGCUCAUAUCACACUCAAUCAAUACCUGCAACAGGUUGUUGAGGCGAUAGAGAACAGAGAUGGAUUGUUCUGUGCUGAGAUGUUGUCAUUCAAACAUCCACACGUGGCUAACCCGCGACUGCAGUUGUCCAGUCCAGAGGAGAAAUGUCAGCAGCUGUUAGAGCCGCCGUAUGAUGAGAUGAUGGCAGCCCAUCUCAGGUGUACCUUCGCUGUGGCCAAUCAUGACUUUGUGGAAGCGUAUAAGUGCCAGACUGUUGUGGUUCAAUCGUUUUUGAAAGCGUUUCAAGCUCAUAAGGAGGAGAACUGGGCAUUACCCAUAAUGUUCGCUGUGACCCUUGACCUCCGGAUAUUUGCCAAUAAUGCGGAGCAGCAGCUGCAGGUGAAGGGUAAAGGGAAGGUUGGAGAUAUGUUGGAGAAAGCCGCUGAGCAGCUCAUGAGUUGUUUCAGAGUGUGUGCCAGUGACAAUCGUGCUUGCAUUGAUGACUCGAAGAAGUGGGGAAUGUUGUUCCUGAUCAAUCAGCUCUUCAAGAUCUACUUCAAGAUCAAUAAGCUUCACCUGUGCAAACCUCUGAUCCGCGCCAUCGACAGCUCAAACUUGAAGGACGACUACAGCAUCGCACAGAGAGUCACGUACAAGUAUUAUGUUGGCAGAAAAGCCAUGUUUGACAGCGACUUUAAACCAGCCGAAGAGUAUCUGUCCUUCUCCUUCACACACUGUCAUCGCUCCUGUCAGAGGAACAAGAGACUCAUUCUCAUCUACCUGCUGCCCGUCAAGAUGCUGUUGGGUCACAUGCCCAGCAAUCAGCUGCUGAGGAAGUAUGACCUCAUGCAGUUCGCUGAUGUCACUAAAUCUGUGAGCGAGGGAAACCUGCUGCUGCUGAAUGAAGCUCUGGUCAAACACGAGACUUUCUUCAUCCGCUGCGGCAUCUUCCUCAUCCUCGAGAAACUCAAGAUCAUCACCUACAGAAACCUCUUCAAGAAAGUUUAUCAUCUGUUGAAGACCCAUCAGCUUCCUCUGGAUGCUUUCCUCGUGGCUCUAAAGAUGAUGAAGGUGGAGGAUGUGGACAUCGAUGAGGUUCAGUGCAUCCUCGCCAACCUCAUUUACAUGGGUCAUAUCAAAGGUUAUAUCUCACAUCAGCAUCAGAAACUGGUGGUCAGUAAACAGAAUCCCUUUCCCCCGCUUUCUUCUGUAUCAUAGACAUCAGUUCCCAGAAUGCACCUGUUACUCUUAUUAUUACAAUAACAAGGAGAUGAGCUCUUAGUAUUCCAUUGUUCCAUUCUUUGUAUUUUCUUUUUACUGAUCUUGUCAAAUAAACGUUACGCUGUUUUCUA